AUGGGGUUCAGGAGGCUGCCCCACCCCAGGCUUACCUGGGAUGGGGACGUUAGUGACUGGAGGGGCUGGAACGGUGCCUCUGGGUCCCGGCGUGGAGUGAACUCUGAAAACCGGCCUCCAGAUUCUGCCUCCGCUAAAUGUUAUUCGGAGCUCACCCCGGAGUCUCCUGGCCCGAGGCGAAGUGUGCCUGAGGCACGGGGGGCGUGGGAAGGCUGGAUCCUGGCUGCGGUUGGGGUCGCGGAGACACACGGCGAAGAAGCCGGAACUCUGUCGGCGCGAUUACGUGCGGAGAUUCAGACUAGACCAGGGUCGCGCUCAGGCUGUGCUGUGGAAAGGAGCCGCGCGCGACCCAGCAAACCCGAAUCUAAGGAUGGGCCUGGGGUCGGAUUCGGAGAGAACCUACCUAGCUGGGGAGUCUUCAGUUUUGCCUGUGAAGCCUGCAAAAAGGUGACAUUUAAUAUACCUUCCAAACUAGAGGCAGACAAAAUAGUUGGCAGAGUUAAUUUGAAAGAGUGCCUCAGGUCUGCAGACCUCAUCCGGUCAGGUGACCCUGAUUUCAGAGUUCUAGAUGAUGGAUCAGUAUACACAACUAGCACCAUGGUGUUGUCUGAUGAGAAAAGAUCAUUCACCAUAUGGCUUUCUGACUCCAGGACACAGGCACAGAAAGAGAUUAAGGUGCUCCUGGAACAUCAGAAGAAGGUGCUGAGGAAAAGACAUGCUAAAGAAGCCGUUCUCAGGCGUUCCAAGAGGAGAUGGGCCCCUAUUCCCUGUUCAAUGCAAGAGAAUUCACUGGGCCCGUUCCCUUUGUUUCUUCAACAAGUUCAAUCUGAUGCAGCACAGAACUAUACCAUUUUCUACUCAAUAAGUGGGCAUGGAGUUGACCAAGAACCUUUAAAUUUGUUUUUCAUAGAAAGAGACACUGGAAAUCUGUAUUGUACCCGGCCUGUGGAUCGUGAAGAAUAUGAAGUUUUUGAUUUGAUUGCCUAUGCCUCAACUGCAGAUGGGUAUUCAGCAGACAUGCCUCUUCCACUGCCCAUCAGAGUGGAGGAUGAAAAUGACAACCACCCUAUUUUCACAGAAGCUAUUUAUAAUUUUGAAGUUCCAGAAAGUAGCAGACUUGGUACUACAGUGGGAGUGGUUUGUGCCACAGACAAAGAUGAACCGGAUACGAUGCACACACGCCUGAAGUAUAGCAUUUUGGAGCAGACCCCGAAGUCCCCAGGGAUCUUCUCUGUGCAUCCGACCACAGGUGCCAUCACCACAGUCGCUCAUUAUUUGGACAGAGAGACUGUAGAUAAGUACUCACUGAUAAUGAAAGUACAAGACAUGGAUGGUCAAUUAUUUGGAUUGAUGAGUACAUCAACUUGCAUCAUAACAGUUAAAGAUUCAAAUGACAAUGCACCCACUUUCAAACAAAAUACUUAUGAAGCAUCAGUAGAGGAAAAUGCAUACAAUGUGGAGAUCUUACGCAUACCUAUAGAAGAUAAGGAUUUAAUUAACACUGCCAACUGGAGAGCCAAUUUUACCAUUUUGAAGGGGAAUGAGAAUGGACAUUUCAAAAUCAGCACAGACAAAGAGACUAAUGAAGGUGUUUUGUACGUUGUAAAGCCGCUGAAUUAUGAAGAAAACCACCAAGUGACCCUGGAAAUUGGAGUAAGCAAUGAAGCUCCAUUUACUCGAGAUUUUGCACUCAGAACAACCAUGAACAGAGCCUUGGUCACAGUUCACGUGAGGGAUCAGGAUGAAGGACCCGAAUGUAGCCCUGCAGCCCAGUAUGUACGGAUUCAAGAACACUCAGCAGUGGGGUCAAAGGUCAAUGGUUAUAAGGCAUAUGACCCUGAAACUAGAAGUGCCAGCGGCAUAAGGUACAAAAAAUUGCAUGAUCCUAAAGGAUGGAUCACCAUUGAUGAGAUUUCAGGGUCAAUCACAACUUCCAAAAUCCUGGACCGGGAGGCCAUGACUCCCAGAAAUGACUUAUAUAAUAUAACAGUCCUGGCAAUAGACCAAGAUGGUAGAUCGUGUACUGGAACACUUGUGGUUAACAUUGAAGAUAUGAAUGAUAACCCACCAGAAAUACUUCAAAGUUAUGUAACAAUUUGCAAACCAAGGAUGAGGUAUACUGACAUUUCAGCUGUCGAUCCCGAUGAACCUAUCCAUGGCCCUCCAUUUUAUUUCAGCUUGGCAGACACUUCUCCAGAAAUGAACAGAAUGUGGACCCUCACCAAAGUUAAUGAUACAGCUGCCCGUCUUUCAUAUCAGAAAAAUGCUGAAUUUCAGGAAUAUAGUGUUCCUAUUACUGUAAAAGAUAGAGAAGGUCAAUCUGCAACAAAAACCGUGAGAGUUAAUCUGUGUGAUUGUACUCAUCCAAGUCAAUGUCUGCCGACCCGAAGGAGCGCAGGAGUAAUACUCGGAAAAUGGGCGAUCCUGGCCAUACUGCUGGGCAUAGCAUUACUAUUUUCUGUAUUGCUAACUUUGGUAUGUGGAGUUUUUGGUGCCAAAAAAAGAAAAGGUUUUCCUGAAGAUUUAGCACAGCAAAACUUAAUCAUAUCAAACACAGAAGCACCUGGAGAUGAUAAGGUGUGUUCUGCCAAUGGGUUUAUGACCCAGACAGUCACUAACUCUGGCCAAGGCUUUUGCGGUACCAUAGGAUCAGGAAUGAAGAACGGAGGGCAGGAGACCAUUGAAAUGGUGAAAGGCGGACACCAGACCCUGGAAUCGUGCCGGGGGACGGGGCAUCAUCACACCCUGGAUUCCUGCAGGGGAGGACACGUGGAGACGGACACCUGCAGACACACCUACUCCGAGUGGCAUAAUUUCACCCAGCCCCGCCUUGGUGAAAAAUUGCAUCUGUGUAAUCAGAAUGAAAACCAUGUGCCAUCUCAAGAUUAUGUCCUUACGUAUAACUAUGAAGGAAAGGGAUCUCCAGCUGGUUCUGUAGGGUGCUGCAGCGAAAAACAGGAAGAAGAUGGCCUUGACUUUUUAAAUAAUUUGGGAGCCAAAUUUACUACAUUAGCAGAAACAUGCACAAAGAGAUAA